GGAGCGCUGAUGUCAGAGUCACAUGGAUUCUGGUGUGGUCAUGCGAGCGCAGCUGAGCGGCAGAGCUAUGCUGGCCAGCUGCUGCUGAAACAGCAGUGGACUGCUUGAGCUAGCACUCGCGAUACCGCUCGCUUAUGGACCGCUGAGCUUAAUGAUGUAUUUUGUGAUUUCAGCUAUGAAAGCUCAAAUCGAAAUAAUUCCCUGCAAGAUCUGUGGAGACAAAUCAUCAGGCAUCCAUUAUGGCGUGAUAACGUGUGAGGGCUGCAAGGGUUUCUUCAGGAGGAGUCAGCAGAGCAAUGCGGCGUACUCAUGCCCGCGUCAGAAGAACUGCCUGAUUGACCGCACCAGCCGGAACCGCUGCCAGCACUGCAGGCUGCAGAAGUGUCUGACCGUGGGCAUGUCACGUGACGCGGUGAAGUUUGGCCGGAUGUCAAAGAAACAGCGGGACAGCCUCUAUGCGGAAGUGCAGAAACACCGGCUCCAGCAGCAACAGCGGGACCACCAGCAGCAGCCCGGUGAGGCCGAACCCCUCACCCCAACCUACGGCCUCUCCACCAAUGGCCUGACUGAGCUCCACGAUGACCUGAGUGGCUACAUGAACGGCCACACGCCCGACGGCACCAAGCCCGACUCAGGCGUCAGCAGCUUCUACCUUGACAUCCAACCCUCACCCGACCAGUCCGGCCUGGACAUCAAUGGCAUCAAGCCAGAGCCCAUCUGCGACUUCACCCCGGGCUCGGGCUUCUUCCCCUACUGUUCCUUCACCAAUGGGGAGACAUCCCCCACCGUUUCCAUGGCCGAGUUGGAACAUCUGGCCCAGAACAUUUCCAAGUCCCACAUGGAGACGUGUCAGUACCUGAGAGAAGAACUUCAGCAGAUGACCUGGCAGGCAUUCCUUCAGGAGGAGGUGGAGUGCUACCAGAGCAAGCCCAGAGAAGUCAUGUGGCAGUUGUGUGCUAUUAAAAUCACAGAGGCCAUUCAGUAUGUGGUGGAGUUUGCCAAGCGCAUCGACGGCUUCAUGGAGCUCUGUCAGAAUGAUCAGAUAGUGCUUCUCAAAGCAGGCUCUUUGGAGGUGGUGUUCGUCAGAAUGUGCCGUGCCUUCGACCCUCAGAACAACACAGUCUAUUUCGACGGAAAGUAUGCCGGGCAUGAUGUCUUUAAGUCAUUAGGUUGCGACGACUUGAUCAGCUCUGUCUUCGAGUUUGGGAAAAGCUUGUGUUCUAUGCACCUCUCUGAAGACGAGAUCGCCCUGUUCUCCGCCUUCGUGUUGAUGUCUGCAGAUCGAUCCUGGCUCCAGGAGAAGGUGAAGGUGGAGAAACUCCAGCAGAAGAUCCAGCUGGCCCUCCAACAUGUUCUACAGAAGAACCACAGAGAGGACGGCAUACUGACAAAGUUGAUAUGCAAAGUCUCAACGCUGCGAGCCCUGUGCAGCCGGCAUACGGAAAAGCUGACGGCGUUCAAAGCAAUAUACCCAGACAUUGUCCGUGCCCACUUCCCCCCCUUGUACAAGGAGUUGUUUGGAUCAGACUUUGAGCAGUCCAUGCCCGUUGAUGGGUAGCGCUUCCCCGCGCCCACCCCACCCGGGGAAUUCACACCGUGGGGAAUGUCAAGCAUAAAUCUGAGACACUUUAGCAGUGCCCUGCACAUACACACACCUGGACGGACGACACACUGCACAUACACUUUCCCCUUUUUUUCGUUGUGAUUAUUUUUGUGGGGGAGGAGGUAAUGGACUGGGUUUGACUCUAGCGGUUUAUUUUUGGGGUUUGUUCCCUCCUUUUACUGACACAGGUGGGAUUCGGAGCCCAGGGGGGGAGAGGAUGAGAAGAUGAAGACACUUGUUUUUCCCGAACGCUCCCUCGCUCUCUUUCUCUCUCUGGCUGAACCUGAAGAGUCCACGCGUUCGUUUUCGCGAACAGUCCCAUGGCGAUUUGUCACGAUCAGCAUAAAUUGUUUUGACUCGUUUCCAAAACGGAAAAACUAUUCCCAGAGAGCAUUCGCCUGGAAUCCAGCGGAAGAGGAACACAUAAGCCCUUUUCAAGCCAAGAACAUGAAAUAAAAAGUUGCGAUCAAAAAGUCGAUUAUCCGAACUGUUCCAGCAGUUGUUGUAGCACCAAAAAAAGUCUACGUAGAAAAAUACGUGGUUAGUUUCUUCCUCCCUGUGCACUUGGAUUUUUUUUUUUUGCUCCUUUUUUGGGAUGUCAAACCAGCACCGAAUGAAGAAGAAUACAAAGUGAGAGAAAAAGAGAGAUACGGAGAAGGAGUGUGAUGUGGAGUCAACACAAAACAGCACCUUUCUACGGACAAUCGAGAAAAAAAAGAAGGAACAACGUAGAAUUCUGGUAAUUCUAGUCGCGAUUGCUUUUAGCCGUCAGAGACUCCAUCUACCAUAGUUGCUUAGUGAUAUCGUUUAAGGCCAUCUGCUAUUAAGUCCCUCUCCGGAAUGGUGUUAACGUAACGUAACGGUCCGACCACCAACAUCGAUGCAAUGCAAGGGUCCAUUGUUACAGGGUAUACGAUCAUAAGUACAAACUAUACGGAAAAAAAUAAUAAUAAUGUCUAUAGAAUCUAUUUUAAAUAACAUGUAUGAUAUUAGUAGCUAGACUAUUCUUAAUUGUGAAAAAUUGAUAAGGCACUUUUAUUUGCACCUUUCUUUAAUUUAAGACUUGUAUAUUUACCUAGUGAUGUGUUGCAUGUAUAAAUACCACGGUUAUGGAGAACGAGUGCCGGAAACCCUAACGCUGCUGAGGGGUGGGUGCGUGUUUGCGUGCGUGUUUGUGUAUUUAUUUGCGCGAGGCAGAGGUUGGUGCUGGGUAAAGGCAGAUCACGUAAUCUAGGGGGGGAUUUGUAGCAAACGCUCAUCGUCUGCCACCAUUAUGAAAACCUAAGCACACCAGGUCUAAAGGGCUGUUGAAUGCAAACGGACCGUUUUCCACACACGUCACAUGCUGUUUAAUGGUUCCAUCUAGUGGUGGUGCGCCACAUGAACGUGUGGAGGAAGCAGAUCUGGUUUCUGAACGGCUGAUCUUCCUUAAACUGACUCUCGUGAGGGUCUUUGCCCAGCAACAACACUCGUUGGGAACGUAAGAGUGGGGGGAAAAAAGACGAAAAGAGAAAUAUUCAAAGCCUUGUCUGGUUGAAAUCCUCUAUUUUUGUAACAUUGUACAGUGCUUAUGAAGCCUAUGAAAGAAAAGGGGAAAGAACGAAGGAUGAUAUAGCACUUAAUCCUGCAAUAAUUAGAAUCUGUGUGUUUUUUAUGAAUUUUCUCUUUCAAAGAACAAGACAAUGGUAGUAAUAGUGCUAUUUUUUGGAAUACCUAACUGUUGUGUGUUGCGCGUGUUUGUACGUCUCUUGAAUGUGCCAUAGUGGUCUUUCCUGCUUUUUUAGAGUCUGAAAAAAAUUGUUGUAUUGUAACAUUCCAGUAAAACUAUGUUGUGGCGUUUAGAAAAUCCCAAUAGAAUCCAGGAAAAAACUCCACAGAUCACAUCUAUGGCCUGCUAACUGACAUUUUGAGAAACUUUGAGUAGAUCUUGGUAGCUACAUGUAAUUUCUUUCCCCAUGACACCAAGUAUUUUCCUCAGGGAAGAGUCUGUCUAACUCAAUUCUGAAGCCGGUAGCUUAAACACGUUAGUCAGCUCUAUGUUGCAUCUAGAACUCAAUAAUUUGAUCUUGAUGGCAUGUUCAGUACAGAUAAAUACUGUAGCGUUUUUAUCAUAAUUAUGUGUCAAUAACUACUGUCCACAAAAUAUGAGUUUGUGCAAUGCAUCCCCAAGAAGUCCUGUUUAUUACAAUACAUCAAUCUGUAAUUGACAAUCCAGGUUCGUGUUUAGUUCUUUAUACAGUAAAUCAGCAGUUUGUGUACUACAAGGCUCAGGGAGAGUAAUAUUGAAUAAUAAUUGAGCAGGGAUACUGAAAUCAGUUCUAAAUCCUAUUGAGCUGCCUUCUUAGACAGCAUUUUAGCAGUCUCAAAAGACUGAAAAGUAAAAGUUUUAGCCAAAUUUUAAGGCAAUCCCAGAAUGUACUACAACAAAAUCUGUAAAAAAAAAAAAGUUAUUUCAGCAUGGUGUAGGAGUCGAAGAUUUAAACCUAUUUCAUUCAAUACUGAAAAUAAUGAAUACAUAAUAGUUCAAUCUUAUUUUAAAAAAAGGUCAUAUUUACCCAAAAUUUAUGGGAGAAGUAUUGUGCUUUUAGCAUAGCAACAUGCUAACAUAAAACUCCAUUGGAAUCAAUUGCAACAGAGACAACCCAUGUGUUACUAAUAAGGAGAGCUAUUUAUGUGACAUACAGAAUUGUUGUCUAUGUAGAUUGAUCCAAAUCAGUCACUUAGAAGGUUCUAUUUUGGAGGAAGUAGACAGCAGACAGGAAGGCAGCUCACUAGGAACAGAACUGAACCCAAAACAACCGGGUAAUGAUGUUAAAAUGUGGGAACAAACACUCAUUUGUUACUGUAGUUAAUUUUUUAAACCUCAUUUUUCAUCUUUCACAAUCUACAGGCUCAUGUCAUACCAUGUUAUUCACUAGCAUGAUUGCUGUCAAGCCAAAAGAAGACGGCAGUACAUUAU